CAGCAUGCCGGAAACAUGGCGCUAGCGGCGGCGGGCGGCGGGGGCGGCCGGGCGCGGCGCAGCGGGCUGCUGGAAGUUUCGGUGCGCGACCGCUGGCACAAAGUUCUGGUGAACUUGGGCGAGGACGCGCUGGUGCUGAGCGGCGAGGCGGGCGCGGCGGCGCACAACGGGCCGGGGGCGGCGGCGCAGGGCACGCGGGGCGCGGGCGCGGGCCCCCCCGAGUGCCCGGCCGGGGUGCGCCCCGCCGGCCCCGCCGCGCCCGAGCCUGUGUGCAGCCAGAAGCGCGGCGUGAAGGUGCUGAAGCAGGAGCUGGGCGGUCUGGGCAUCAGCAUCAAGGGCGGCCGCGAGAACCGCAUGCCCAUCCUCAUCAGCAAGAUCUUCAAGGGGCUGGCGGCCGACCAGACCCAGGCCCUGUACGUGGGCGACGCCAUCCUGUCGGUGAACGGCGCCGACCUGCGGGACGCCACGCACGACGAGGCGGUGCAGGCGCUGAAGCGCGCGGGUCGCGAGGUGCUGCUGGAAGUGAAGUACAUGCGCGAAGCCACGCCCUACGUGAAGAAGGGCUCCCCGGUGUCAGAGAUCGGCUGGGAGACACCGCCCCCCGAGUCCCCGCGGUUGGGGGGCGGCUCCUCGGACCCGCAGUCCUCGCAGGCCUUCUGCUUCCACCCAGACCAGAAGAGCAUCCCGCUGAGGAUGUGCUACGUCACGCGGAGCCUGGCCCUGGCGGACCCCGAGAACAGGCAGUUUGAGAUCCACUCCCCAGACACCAAGCACACGGUGGCCCUCAGGAGCAAGGACUCAGCCACCGCCCAGGCCUGGUUCAGCGCCAUCCACGCCAACGUGAGCGACCUGCUGCCCAGCGUGAUCAGCGAGGUCAGAGAGCAGCUGGGGAAGGUGGGCCUCGUUGGGGGUCAUGAGAUUCGGCACCUGGGCUGGCUCGCCGAAAAGGUGCCCGGGGACAGCGGGAGGCAGUGGAAGCCAGCCCUGGUCGUCCUGACGGAGAAGGACCUCUUGGUGUAUGACAGCAUGCCGAGGAGGAAGGAGGCCUGGCUCAGCCCCGCGCACUCCUACCCUCUCCUUGCCACCAGGCUAGUCCAUUCGGGGCCUGGGAAGGGCUCACCCCAGGCCGGUCUGGAGCUGUCCUUUGCAACACGAACUGGCACCAAGCAAGGAAUUGAAACCCAUCUCUUCCGGGCAGAGGUCAGCAAGGACCUCUCCCAGUGGACAAGGAGCAUAGUGCAGGGAUGCCACAACUCAGCUGAGCUCAUUGCUGAAGUCACCACUGCUUGCACCUACAAAAACCAGGAGUGUCGCUUGACUGUGCAUUAUGAGAAUGGAUUUACUGUUACCACUGAGCCACAGGAGGGUGCCUCUCCCAAGACAAUCAUACAGUCGCCUUAUGAGAAGCUCAAAAUGUCUUCAGACGAUGGGACCCGGAUGCUGUAUUUAGACUUUGGAGGCAAAGAAGGCGAGAUUCAACUGGACCUUCAUUCCUGCCCCAAGCCAAUUGUUUUCAUCAUUCAUUCCUUCCUGUCAGCUAAGAUUGCAAGACUUGGCUUGGUGGCUUGAGCAGAGGGGCGACUUGCCUUAGAAAGGGAGCCCUGGGAUGCCGCCAAAGAUUGUGACACCGGACACCACUGUCGGGAGCCAAGCACCAGAUGUAGCAUGCCAGGGCCAGCUCCGGGUCUCAGCAGUCGGGUGAUUCCCCAGCUCCUCCAUCCACAACCACAAGGGGUGCGGGGAUACCCCAAGAAACACCACGAGAUACAUCAGAAAAACACUUCUCAGAGCAGACAAGGUUGAGAAGGGGAAGGCGAGUCGGGGUACACAGCAUAGCUUCUAAACGAUGACAGCCAAGGACAAGGCCGUUAGAACAGCAGGUGCAAUCUUGGACCAGUUUCUAGGCAACUGAUUCUCCCAGGUAAGCAAGAGCUGAAUAGAUGGGAAAUGGAUAUUUUCACCUAUCUGCCCCACCCCAAUAACAAUGAUCCCUUGUCUUAUUGCAGUUUAUGUCCUAAUUCUAGUUGAUUUUCACUGGUAGGAAAAGAAAAAUUCUCCAAACAGAAGCCCACCUUUUAUUUAAGUGGGAAGCAGCUGUUAGCUUUUUCCUCACUGAGUUAUCUGUCAGUGGUGUAGAAUGAUUCCAAAGUGUUCUCAUUAGCAUAUGCUGAGCGGGAAUUGAAUAACACAUCAGAUACUGAUCUGACCUGGAAGCUGGUGCAAUCAGAGCCAGAGUACACUGCUUAAAUUGCAAAGCUUUGCUGAAGAGCUGUGUGCACAAAAGAUGAUGAAUUCUGGGGGAACACUCACACCAUGCUCUCUUAUGGCCAAGACUGAUAGCUUAAUUUAUGGAAAGCAAAUUAUGUUUUUUUAAAGGUCGUCAUCAUAUAUGUGUGUACACACACACACAAACACACACAUAAGAACAUGAUUGAGGGUAACUAAUUGUCCCCAUGUCCUGAUUUUCUGUGAAGUCCCGAGCAGCUGGUGACCCUUUGUUUGUCCCUGUGCUUGUAUGCAUGCAUUUCCAAGCAAGGCUCACGGAAUUCUGGAAGAUGCGGAGUUUUACACCUAAGCCCAUCCCUAUAACCCAGUCUACCGAUGGCAUCUGCAGCUCUUUUCAAAUCCCAGGGAAAUAAUAUAAUGACCUGAUAUUUUUCUAGAAAAUAUUUUGGGACAAUGGAAAGCACAUCACAGAUAAGCUUAAUGCUUCUGUUUUUACCUAUCAUGAUUUACUCACUAAAAGUAACACCCAUUGUCUGAUGUUAGAGUCAUUUUCUCAAACCUUGGAAGGUAGCCCCGGAGUUUCUGCAAGCAUUUCUAACACCUCUUUCCCUGUAGUUUACGCAGACAAAUGUACAUUGUAGACCUGUGUUUUAAGCAUUGUAUUUUAGCAAAUGCCAGUCCAAAGAGGUUUAAAAGUCAUUUGGUUAAGGGAUGCAAACUUGCUCCCUCAGACAUGCAUGUGUAUUGAGUUGCAGUUUUAUUUUAAAUCAUCUCUCAGAAUAUCAUUCAUAUAGGGGUUUGGUAAUAAAAAUCUGCAUUUAAAUACUGAGUUAAAAACAUGUUAACCAGAUUUCAUGGUUGCUGGCCUCCUCCACACUUUAACGUCCAUUGUGAUGCUUCUGGUGUCUGGUGCACUGUCCCUGAGUUAACCUUCAGGACUCCUUACUUCCCACUAGAACAGUUUUGAAGCUAGCAUUUUUUCUGUUCCGUUUGAAGUGUAUGUUUGCAAUACAUAAGAGCUACAUUUGCUUUGGGGACUUGGUACAUGUAUAUAGCUUAUCUUGAUCAUUUUUGAUCCCUUAUUAAAAAAAAAUAAUCCUUUAAAAAAAACAGCUUGAGGAUAUUGACUUUGUGUUUGUUUCCUGUUUUCCAAUGCUGAAGAAUGAAAUCCCAGCUUAAAUACUGUAGGAAAGCAUUGAAGCAUUUGUAAAUUAUACUCUUUCAUUAUAUAUUUUCAAAAUCUCUGGAAUGUUGUUAUACAAGAGAAUUCUACUUGUCUAUUGUAAAUAACACAUUAAAAUACAUAUAUUAAUGCCAAUAGUUUAAUUCAACAAUAUGUAAUUUAAGGUGCUCGGUACUACAUGAAGUAUGAGUUAAUCGUUCUUGAUUAAGUUGCAAAGAUUCUAUUAUAUAUUUAUAGACAAAUUAAAAUAAUCACAGUUGCAAAUAUUUCCUCAGUGCUGAAGUUUUGGACUGACUGAUACCCAUGUGAGAGCCAACAGAAACUAUAUCCUCUACAUUUAUAAAAAUUUAAUUUAAAUAUUUAUAUUUUAGGAAAAACAUAUUUGAAGAAAAUUAAUGCAUUUUCUGGGGCAAAUUAAAAUGUGUUAUUAGCAAGAAGUAGAAACUUUUACUAAAAGAAUUGUGUAUAUGAAUCAUUUUUUUCCUCCCAAUUAAAAAUGUAUCCUAUCUGAGUGGCUA